UCCCCUUCCCCUCACCCUCACCCCUCCCUCUCCCCUCCCUCUCCCCCCACCGUCUCCCUCUCUCUGUGCGAGGAGUUGGAGUCGUGAGUUUGUCUCAUCGGAGUUCUCAAUCAACAAUGGACUUCCUCAAGGACGCAUUUACACAGGUGUCACGUGGUGUGGGUGAAGCUGUCUCCCGCACGCGCCAGGGAGUCGUAGACGCAGCGGCCGCCACGGAGAAGGGAGUCCGGGACACCGGUGAACAAACGAAGGCAGAGCUGGAGCAAGGCCUCGCUACAGUGACGGAGCAAACCAAGCUGCAGGUGGGGGUGCUCAGCGAGGCCGUGGUGCAGGGCGCCAACUCGAUCGCCCAGCAGGCGGUGCAGGGCGCCCAGAGCGUGGCCACGGCCGCCAACGCCACGGUGAAGAAGUGACGUCACCGCCGCCCCGCCCCCGCCAUGACGUCGACGCCCCACGUAGACGCGUGACGUCACCCACCCUGUGUAGUGCAGUGUACUGUGUGUGUGCUGUGUGUGUACUGUGUGUGUAGUGUG